AUGUGGAGUGGCGGCACUCACCCAUGCGGAACUUGCGUAGAUCAUAAUGAGGUCUGUGUCUACCCAGAGAGGCAGCAGAGGCCGAGGAAGCGGAAGGAAAGGGAGAAGGAUAUGGAAGACCGUCUCGCGCGCAUGGAAGUUCUGCUGCAGUCAGUCACUCAACAUACUCAAUCCCCAACCCACGUGCACAGCCCAGCCAUAUCUCACGGUGAAACCAAUGCGGCUGCCCUUGCUAGAAGUCCGUCCAUGUCGCAGAAUCGGUCCAGAGCUAUAUCUCAUCCGCAGGUUGCCGAUACCAGGCUGGAGAGGCCCCAGUUGCCCCAGGACCUACAGAGGACCUCUUCACCAGGGCACAACAUCGGCACGGUGGUACAUGUGGCUUCUACCGGCCCACCGACGGCAUUCACUGCUGCUUGUUCCAAUCCAGCUGCGUACAUAAGCUCUCCGUCUCGCGAGCAUGGCGCGGCUGCCGAUUCUCCCGGAUUUAGAAGUCUCUUAUCGCUGGCCAGUAACGAUCUUGAGCUACCCAGCGUCGUUUCUCAGCGACCUGAGAUAGCAUGCUCUUCAGUGUCAAGAGAGCCCAUCGCCACUCCCGCCCAGGCUGGAGCCUACUUGACUCCUGCACCGAUGACGAUUGCAGAUGCGCCGACAGAAGGUCCGGGACGCAGCGACGCUACAGGGAGAAACGAUAUUUGGACUCGGGAUACAUCGAAUAUUGUGGCCGAACAGCCUGUGACCCCACCGAGCCUCGCCGUUGCCGAUGAAAAUGACAAGGCCCUGGAACUGCGUGCAGACGCUCCUUGUGAUGAGGAUUCAGGUGCUGAGCCAGAGGACAAUGAGUGGGUUUCGCAUCAGAUAGGUAAACCCGGGUUUGGAGCCACCGCACGACGUCUGUCAAAAGACCUUCAGCGAAACGAGCGUCUUGAAAGGCUAUUCGAUCCCACACGAAGCAGCGAACCCGACAUGGAGACAGCUUUGAGUUUGAUAGCAGCAUAUUUCGACAGCUGCAUCGACUCGGUAUUUGGCGUGCUUGAUCGGGAUGAACUGGAGCAACGACUGCAUCUUCAUUUCGAGAACAGCAUGCAGCAGUCCUCAUCGACAAGCAAGGCAUGGUACGCUCUCCGCAACACUGUGUAUGCACUCGGCUGUCGGGUCGCGCUGUCUCUGAAAUCAGGCCCUGCUGGUUACGCCGAGUCAAGAUCGCAGUCCUGGCGUUAUUUUGAGAAUGCGCUGGCAGUUGCCACUGAUCUGAUGUAUGGUCGGGCUGAAGUGACUUCAGUCCGGGCUUUGAUUCUAAUGGCAUUCUAUGCUGAAGCUUUGGGCAGUCCAGCCCUCGAGUAUAUGCUUGUGUCAAACGCGACCAGACUUGCGCAAUCCAUGGGUCUCUACCUUGGAACGCCUGAAGCAAGCAAGCUACCACCCAAAGAGAUCUUAUCGCGGCAGUGGCUGUGGUGGGUUUUGUACGCAUACGAGAAGCACGUUGCUUUCCGAUCUAGUAGGCCAUCAGCCAUCGACGAUGAUUAUGUGAAUUGCCCAGUCCCGAAAACAGCGGGGUUCGGCAGCGCAUCUAACUGUGACUUUGUUCGUGCCACGGUUAAGCAUGCACAGAUAUCGUCCGCCAUCUCCAAACAGCUUUUAUCAGCCAAGGCCAGGCUAGAACCGGCCGAAACAACUGUGGCAAACGUCCGCGCCCUCGAUGGGCGCCUCAACGACUGGCAUAAGUCGUUGCCCCCUAGGUUCAACACGCAGGCCCCGUUCAGAAACUCGGCGCAACCGUCGGGAACGCAGUUGUACCACGAUUUGUUCCUCCAUUUUUCCUACCAGUCGUCUAUCAUAGGCAUCCAUGGAGUCUUUUGUUACCCCUGGAACAAGCCGGAGCUGCAGAGUUGUAAGAGCCUACAGGUAGCUUCUCAGAUAGAGAAGAGUACCGAAGCGGUGGCCGAGGCUUCGCGCCAGAUCAUCAUCGCAGUGCAGGGACUUCAGAUCACUUCUGCGAUGCCGUUGUGGUUGACCUUCUUCUUCCCGCUCGUCGGCCUGAUCAACCUAUUCGUCUAUGUCCUCAAGAAUCCAUCAGCCUCCUCCAUAGCAAGCGAUUUGUCGCUCAUGGAUGUGGUGGUCGGCCAUUUUGGCUAUCUUCAAUUCAUAUCCUCCUCAGAGCUCGUCUUCCCCUUUCCCCAUGAGAUUGUGUCGUACGCCAGACACCUAGUUAAAAGAGUUGGAAGAGAGAGGGGAACAUUGUCGGGAGGGGACACACACCGCUGUGACCACUACCAGCAGCAGCAACAGAAAGGGCCGGUGCAAACCGAUGUCAGAGGUCAGGAGAUAUUUCAACCCCCAAAAUCAGCUUUGCCCUCCGAGCUGAAUUCCUUUGAAGGUAACCCAAUCUCGAGCCUCGACCUCCGCGAGGACUGGUACGGCGCUCUGUUGCCUUCAUUCCCACAGUUUGGGUCGCUGGGGUCAAACAGCAACCUAAUGGAUGAUGAUAUGAAUCUGUUCAUAGCCGGAGACAUGCAGUAG